GAGCUGCACGCCGCAGAUCUGCGCGAACACUACCGCUUCUGGCGGAUGCGGCUCGACGAAGAAUACGACCCGCAACUCUACGGGCACAACGUAGACCUCGACAAUGUACACGGGCAACGCGCGCUGUUCUGCAUUGCUGCGUUGUCUGCUAAAUUGUUCGUCGAGGGUGUCGAUCCCGCCAUUCGGCGUGCGCACAUGGAUAUCGCGGGGGCGUUG